AUUCAGAGGCUGCUCUCCUAUCUGUAUGGUUGUUUCCUUUCCAUGCGCAUGAAUAAAGGACUCUGCUGAACCACACCUAACCUGAGUGAAGAGUUAUCUCAACACAGGUCUACAUGGCUUACCCAACAACUACACAUAUAAUUGGUGGGCAUGGAGCCAAUGCCUUUUCCUUUGAUGGCCACAAUGACGGUGCCACGCUGGAGAAGAUUGGUGUGUGGGUAGGGGGCUGGCAGGUGAAGGCUGUGAAGAUCUGGCUGACCAAUGGGGAGGUCCGAGAGUUUGGGAAACCAGGUACAGGUUACCAGGAGUUCAAGUUCGAACCCGGCGAGUUCUUCACCUCCCUCUCUCUGUGGGGGAACGGAGCCGGGACCCGCCUGGGAGCCAUCAAGUUCAAGACCAGCCGUAACCGGCAGUUCUUUGUGAAAAUGACCGACUGGGGGCUGAAGAAAGAGUACCUCAUAGAUGUGGCUUCUGGGAUCUGCCUGGGGGUUAUGGGACGGGCAGGCUCAGACAUUGACAGCAUGGGCUUCAUCUUCAUCAAUGCCAUUGAGUCCACAGUCAUGACCAAAAUGGAGUACCCCACUCUGAACCAAGUCAUCCCCCAAGUGAAAACGGAAGAGAUCAAGUCUAUCAUGUACAUCAACAGCUCCUCUGUUGCCCAGGAGUACACCCUGGAAACCUCCAAAACCAUAACCAAGACCUCCUCGUGGUCUGUCACUAACAACAUGCAGUUCACCUUCAACAUGGAAGUGAGGGCAGGAAUCCCUGAGCUAGCUGAGGUUUCCUCUGGAUUCAGCUGGACAGUGGGAACUGAAGACACCUAUGGAUUGGAGAACAAAACAGAGGCAUCUGAGAAGCUGUCUUUCAAGAUCCAAGUCCCAGCAAAGAAGACCAUGGAUGUAGCCAUUACACUUGGUCAUGCGGAUGUUGAUCUUCCGUACAAGGGCACUGUUAAAGUAACCUGCAGGAAUGGGAGUGUGCUUAAGUUUAACACCAGCGGUGUCUACAAAGGCCUCACCUACACCAAAGCAAAAGUAGUUGUGAAGGAGAGAACAUAAAAAUGAUGGAUGAACCAGGUCUUUCUGAUUGUCUUGUUAUAGCCAUGUGCUGGAAGGAAAAUGCUGCAAAUAAAACCUUUCAAGUUAAACACA